AUGUCAAAUAAUACUGUAACGAUGCAAUUAGAUAAUAUGCGAAAGAAACGACCCAUUGUAAGUAAUUUAUCUAUAAUUCAACCACAUAAAAUACCAUUAAAUGAACUCUGUCAACAAUUAAAUCUACUUGAUAUACGAUCUGGUUUAACAACAGAUCAAGUAACUGAAGCUCAAACACAGCAUGGAUUAAAUCAACCGGCUCCUGUCGCAGAACCCGGCUAUAUACAUUUAUUUAUUGUUCAGACAUUUACUGGUUUUAAUGCAUUAUUAUGGAUUGCUGCUAUAUUUGCUUUUCUAGCCUAUAAACCAUUUGGAAAUCCAACACCAGAUCCAACUAAUUUUGGUCUUGGUGUUGUAUUAACAAUGGUUAUUAUUGCCAAUGCAAUCUUAAAUGUAUAUCAAAAAAUGAAAUCACUUAAAAUAAUUCGUUCAUUCGGUCAAAUUUUACCAAAAUUAACAACAGUUCGUCGUAAUAAUGGUCGUGAACAAGAAAUUUUAACAACAAAUCUCGUACCAGGUGAUAUUAUUCUAUUACAUAUUGGCGAUAGAGUUCCUGCUGAUUGUCGUAUAAUAUCAUGUGAAAAUCUUAAAGUUAAUAAUGCUGAAUUAACAGGAGAAUCAAAACCACUUAAAUGUACAACAGUUGCAACAAAUGAAAAUCUUUUAGAAACAGCAAAUAUGAUUUUCUAUUCUGCACUUAUUGUUGAAGGAAGUGGUGAAGCUAUUGUUGUUGCUACUGGUGAUCAAACAGUUUUAGGUCAUGUCAGUAAAUUAACACGUGCAUCCAAUACAGACGAAAUAACUGGUCUUCAUCGUGAAGUAAAUCGAUUUAUAUUAUUCGUUCUUUGUUGUACAGUUAUAUCAAUUAUACUUAUAUGGAUAACAUGGAUGGUAUGGUUACAUCCAACCUAUCCAGAUUAUAUAACGUUUAAUGCUAAUGUUGUUAACUCAAUUGGAAUGAUCGUAGGAUUUUUACCUGUUGGAUUGCCAUCAGCAGUAACAUUAGUUCUAGUUAUUGUUGCUAAACAUAUGUCAGCACAACAAGUCUUAGUUAAGAGUCUUCAAACAAUUGAAACAUUUAAUUCUGUUUCAAUGAUAUGUACAGACAAAACCGGUACAUUAACACAAAAUAAAAUGGUUUGUACGCGUUUAUUAUGGGAUAUACAUGAAGAAUUUCAAGUACCAACAACAACAAGUAUUUCAUACGAUAAAAAAGAAUGGAAAUCACUAUUUGGUACACUUGCAAGACGUUUAUCAAUUGCAUCAGGAUCUCGAUUAGCAACACCAAUGGAUAGUUUAAGUGUUGGAGAUUCAUUAUCAACAAGAAGAUUCGAACUCGAUCAAAUUAGUCCACAGAUAACACCUCAACGAGAUUUAAUAUUAGGAGCAUGUUUAUGUAAUAAUGCUGAAAAACGUUUACAAGAAAAUCAACAAGAAUUACAAGUUAGUGGUGAUGCAGCUGAUAUCGCUCUUUAUAAUUUAUGUGAAAGUAAAUUUAAUAUUGAUGUUGAACAUAUACGUCAUCAAUAUCCACGAAUACAUUGUUUACCAUUUAAUUCUACAAAUAAAUUUAUGAUUGUUGCUAAUCAAUUAUCAUCAUCAAAUCAUCAAUCGAUAUUAAAUAAUAAAUCGAAUGAAAUUUUAAUAACAUUAAAAGGUGCAACAGAUAUUGUCUUAACACGUGAAAAAUGUUUAACAUAUAAAACAAAUACUGGUGAAAUCAAAGAAUUAACAGAUGAUAUACGUCAUCAUAUUAUACAUAGACAAGAACAAAUGGGCAGUGAUGGUUAUCGAAUUAUUGCAAUGCUUCAACAAACAAUUGCAAAAAAUGUAUUUGAUGAAAUGUUACUUAAUAAAUCAUCGGAUGAUCCGUCUGGUGCUUUUCCAAAAGAUGGUUAUACAUUUAUUGGCCUUUAUUGUUUACUUGAUCCGCCAAGAAUUGAAGUACCUGAUGCUGUACUUAAAGCUCGACAAGCGAAAAUUCGUAUUGCAAUGGUUACGGGUGAUCAUCCGACAACAUCAAUAUCUAUAGCUAAACAAGUAAAUAUUUUAACUCCUGAUAUAAUACAAAAAAAUGGUUUUGAUACAUUUCAAUUAACUGGUAUGGAUAUGGCAACUGGUCGACCAAUAGUUCAAUUACUUCGAAAUGGAGCUUUACUUGAUACGCAUGUAUUAGGAACAGUAAAUCGUCUUGAAGAAACAAAAAAGAAAACAACGAAAAUUCAAUUAACUAAUGAUGAAGAAAAAAAUAUACCUGUCUCAUGGAUUAAACGUGCAUGGGAAUAUGUAAAUUUUUAUUUUUCUGAUCCAAAAGAGACAACUGAUCGAGAUAAAAAACAAUCUUUAGUGCCAUAUGCUAUUGUUGUUAAAGGAAGUGAUAUUCCUUAUAUGGAUGAAUAUAUGUGGGAUUGGGUAUUAUCACAUCAAGAAUUAAUAUUUGCAAGAACAUCACCAGAACAUAAAUUACGUAUUGUUAUGGAAUGUCAACGACGUGGUGAAAUAGUAGCUGUAACAGGUGAUGGAACGAAUGAUGCACCUGCGCUAAAACGUGCUGAUCUUGGUGUUGCAAUGCAAUCAGGUUCUGAUGUAUCAAAAGAAGCAGGUGAUAUGGUUCUAAUGGAUAAUAAUUUUUCAUCGAUUAUAAAAGCAAUUGAAACAGGUCGAUUAUUAAGUGAUAAUUUAAAGAAAGUAUCAAUUUAUUUGUUACCAGGAGGUUCUUGGUCUGAAAUUUGGCCUGUUCUAUUUAAUACAUGGCUUGGUAUACCAUUGGCUUUAUCCGCUUUUCAAGCAACAAUAUUUUGUAUGAUGAAUGAUGUAUUUAUGUCCUUAGCAAUGGUAUCUGAAAAAGCUGAAAAAGAUAUUAUGCAUCGUCCACCAGCAAUUCGAAAUAAAUCACAUUUAUUAAAUUUAAAAUUACUUUUUCAUGCAUAUAUAAUAAUUGGUAAUAUUGAAUGUUUUGCUGCAUUUUUUUGUUUCUUUUGGUGGUAUUAUGCAAAUGGUAUUCCAUUAUCAAUGAUCUUUUUUAAAUAUGAUAGUUUUGAAAAACAAUUUUCACCCGAUAAACAAAAAUUAUUACCAACAAUAAAUCAAACAGGUCAAUGCAUUUAUUAUGUUGCUUUAUGUAUAAUGCAAAUUUUUAAUUUAUUAACAACACGUACACGCUAUGCAUCGUUCUUUACACAUAAUCCAUUUUGGUCUCGUUAUAGUCGAAAUUUAUGGUUAAUUGUUGGAAUAAUUGCAUCAGUAUUGACAUGUGCUCUCAUAACUGAAGUUCCAUUUAUGCAACAUCAAUUUAAAACAGAACGAGUACCAAUAUUAUAUGUUUUACCUGCAUUUGGCUUUGGUUUAUUAAUGUUUAUUAUGGAUGAAUUAAGAAAAUUAUAUAUUCGACGAAAUCCAGGCUGUUGGUUAGAACAUAUUGCUUGGUAA